AUGUCUAAAUUGUAUAAUUUUAAAAAAAAAAGUGAAGCAAAUAUAAAAACAUGUUAUGAAUUGAAUAGUGAAGAUACUAAUUAUAAUGACGAUAAUAAUAUUAUAAAUAUAAGGAGGAAAAAUUUUUCUCACAAUAAUAUAUUAGAACAAUUAGCUACUUUAAGUAAAAAAAAAAAAACUUCUACUGAAGAAAAUGAUGUGUGGGAUAUAAUAUCAAAUAUAUCAAAUUAUUCUUCAGAUAAUAAUAAAGAAACAGAAAAAAAAAAAAUUCUAAUUUGUUUAGGUAAUAAUAACUUUGGUCAAUUAGGUUCUGAAGAAAAUGAUUGGAUAGGAUUUGUAGAUUUUUCAUCCAUCCUAAUUAAUAGAAAUAAAUCAGAUUCUCAUGAUGAAAAAUAUAAAAAAUGUAAAAAAUUUAAUGAUAUAACAAAGGAUAUAAAAAAAAGAAGAAAUUCCAUGUAUAAUAAUUAUUUAUGCAAUAAUCUAGGUAAUAACGAAAUAUAUAAUAAAAUAUUAACAAGUUUACCAAAUGAUUUUCAUUUAUCGACUAUAGAAAGAAAUAUAAAGAAAAAUAAAAUAAGAAAUUAUAAAGAUUAUAAUAAUGAUAAUAAGGCUAGUAUUUACAAUAGUGAUUCUAUAAAUAACAAAAUUAGCGAUAUUAAUAAUUAUUCUAAUAACUAUUACAGUUUAAAUGAUAACAAUAAAAACACUGUUGAAAAUUUAAACAAAAUAAAAUUACAAAAAGACAAUAAGGAAAUAGCUAACAUUAAGUUAAAUUAUAGUUCUAAUAAUAAGAACGAUUUAAUUAUUUCUAAUAUUAUGACAAGAAAUAAAUAUAAGGAAAAUCUAUUUAAAAAACAAAAAAAUUUUUCUGAAAAUGAAAACAAUUAUAAAAAAUACAAAGAAAAAUUAAAAGAAUAUGAUGACUUUUUAAGUGUAAAUGAAGAAGAAACUACUAACAGUAGUAAUAAAAAGGACUUCAAAAAUGAAGAGAAAAUUUUUUUCAUCCCUAAUAAAAUAAAAUGUGGAAAAUAUCAUUCUGCUGUUGUUAGCGAAAAUGGUUUUGUAUGUUUAUGGGGAUUAAAUUAUUAUGGCCAGUUAGGAAUAGAUUCGAAAAACUCCAUUUACACAUGUUAUAAAAAAACCAAAUUCAGAACAUUUAAAAAUAAGAAAAAUAAAAAAUGUUGUCCACUAAUUGAAAAGGAAAAAAUUAUUUUAUCUCCAUAUAUUCAUAAAUUAAUUCCCUUAAAACAAUUUGGGUACAAACAUAAAGUGAAAAAUAUAAGCUUGGGGGCAUUUCAUACUUUAAUAUUAUCUUAUGAUGGGUAUGUUUUUACUUUUGGUUGUAAUAAAAAAUCUCAACUAGGAUUACCUAAUUAUUAUGACAAGAAAAUUUCUUACACAAGUAAACCUUUUCUUAUUCCUGUUAAUAAUAAUUCAGAUAAGUUUUUCAAAUCUUAUAACGAUAAAAAAAAAAAUAGAUUUAUUCUUUCAUCCAAUAAAACUUAUUCUAAAAUUUCUCAUCCAAUUAUUUACAUAACUUGUGGUUCAUAUAAUAGUGGUAUUAUAGAUGCCAAUAAAAAAUUGUGGUUAUGGGGAUGGAAUAAAUUUGGACAAAUUGAUACUUCUUAUAUAAAUGAGAAAAUAAAAAAAAAAGAAAAGAAAGAAAAGAAAAAAAAAUAUGAAAUAUGCACAAAUAAUGAUAAUAUAAUAAAUUUACAAAAGAGGAAAAAUUUAAAAAAAAGUGAAAGUUAUGAAAAUAAAAAGAGAGAACGAAAAAAAGAAAAAAUAAAUAAUAAAAAUGUAAAUAUACCAAGAAAUAUAAAUAUAAAAAAAAAAAAAAUGGUGCAAAUUAGUAUGGGGAAAUAUCAUAGUUUAUGUUUAACUGAAGAUAAAUGUGUUUAUGUAUGGGGAUAUCUAAAUAAAAAUGAAAACGAAAAACAUUGUUUCAAUUCAUCUAAUGAUUAUUAUAAGAAUGUAACAGCAUUAACAAAAAUAAAAUGUUUAAGUAAUUUACAUAUAUCAAAUAUUGUAUCUUCUAGCACUCACACAGCCUUUGUUGCACCUAUAAAAUAUGUAAAUGAACAAAAUUUUUUUAUGAAAUUAAACAAAAAUUGGUAUAAAUCUAAUAUAAAUAAAAGACCAGGUGACCUUUUUAGAUAUAAUAUAUUAUCAAAAAAUGAGGGUAAUAAUAAUACUUUUUUGAAAUAUUAUCCUUAUAACUACUUAAAUAGAGGAGGAGAUAAUGUAUAUUAUGUAAAAUAUACAGACUUACAUCAUUUAAUAAAUUUCAAAGAAUAUGUUAAUGAAGUAGAUAAUAUAUGUAAUAAAUAUUCUAUUAUGAAUGAUGAUAUUUAUGGUAACCAUAAAAAUAAUAUUUUAAGAAAUAAUAUGUUUGAUCAACAUUUAGAAAAAUAUAGCAAGAAUUUUAAAAUAGAAAAUAUAUUAAAGCCAUUAUUUCUUACUCACAGUAAUGAAUAUCCUGAAAUUAAUUCUUUACAAAUAUUUCAAAUUGGCAUUGGAAAAAAUUUCGGAAUUUUUCUGACAUCUUCACCUUCUAUAAAUAAAAUUUUAAAUAAUAAAAAAAUUGAUUACAUAAAUAACAUUUGUUCUUUAGGUGUUCUUAGAAAUAAAAUACCUGAAAGAAAUAUAUUCGUUAUAGGAAAAUCUAAUUAUAAUCAAUUAUGUUUGCCUAGUAAUAGUAAGCAUACAAUUAGUCCUGUUUAUUUAGAUAAAAAUAAGUUAAUAGAUGAAGUGCUAAAAAGAAAUAAAAAAUACAAUUUCUUAAAUGUAUCUAAUAAAAAAAAAUAUUCAGAUCAAAUUAGCUACAAUAAUAGAUUAUUUUACUUAAAAAAAUAUGAGGAAAGAAUAAAAAAAAGUGUAACAAAUUGCAGUUUACUAUAUAAUGAUGUUCAUCAGAAGAAAUUCUCCUUAAUUUCUAACAAGAAAAAUUCAAAUAAAAAUUCUCUUCCAUCUUAUAAAUUAAAUGAAUCAAACUUAAGUGUUUUUACUAAUAAUAAAAAAUCUAUUUCUUGUACUAACUCUUCAGAAGAAAGAGAUAGUAAUAAUAAUUUGAAUAUAACAAAAAACAUGGAAAACGAAAAUCAAAAAGUAGAAAAAAAUGAUUUAGAAAAAUACUACAGACAAAAUUUGAAAAGUAAUCACAUAACAUCUACUAUAGAUGAUCAGGAUAAAUUUAUUAAUGAUGAUUACAAACAAAAUGAUACACAUAUUUUUUUUUCAUCUAAUUUUUUUAAUGAAAAAAAUUCUAUAAACUCUUCAAAUUCUCAUGUACUACCAUUAUGUGAUAAUUUAAAUGAAAAUUUGAACACAAAAUUAGAAAGUGAAGAUAUAACUUCCUUUAUAUUUCAUUGUGAUAAUAUAGAAAAAAACAAAAAAGAAAAAUCAUUUCAUUUAAUUAAAAACGAAGGAUUUGUAAACUUACUUAAUCAGAAAGUAAAUAUUAACAGCGAAAAAUCAAAUGAAAAAGAAAUCAACCCUGAUUUUGAAAUAAAUGAAACCAAUCAUAAUCCUUUUGAAGAAUUUUAUGAAUAUUCUUCACAUAAUAUAUUGUCCACAAAUAUGAAUUUAAAUAUUAGCGAUAAAGAAAAUGAAAAGAAUGGUGAACAUAUUAGUUUGAAUCCUUAUAAUAUUGUUGUAAAUAAUAAUAUAUGUAAUAUUAUUAAUAAAAAUUUAACUAAUUUUGAAAUUAAAGAUGAUAAAAAAUGUUCUAUUCUUACAAGAAAAAAAAGGAGUUCAUCUGUUAAUAAAAAAGACCUCUUUAGAAAUAUGAUAUUAGAAGCUAUUGAUAAUAUAAAUAAUAAUACUUUUGAUGAUAAAAAUGAAAAAAUAAAAUUGACUAGUUGUGAAAAAGCGAAAUCAAAAUUUAAAGUUUUUAAAAAAAGAAAUUCUUGUUUAUGGAAUUUCUUCACCUACAAUGAAACAAAAAAAAAAAAUUCUUUAAAUUAUAAUUUAUCAGAAAAAAUUGUUAAUGUUACACUAUUAGAUGUUGCUUGUGGUGAUUAUCACUCUUUAAUAUUAUUAGAAGUAGAUACUUUAACAAAAUAA